AUGGCCCUGUCCGCUCUGAGCUCGCAAUCACUUACUAGUGAUAUGAACUCUGUGCCUGCUUCUUUGCCAUCUGAAGAGUCUCAAGUUGCUGCCGGCGCUCGACGUAACCUGCCCACGGUUCCAGCUGCGUGUCUUGUUUGCCGCAGAAGGCACCUUAAAUGCGAUGGACAACGUCCUUGUUCCCGCUGUAGAUCUGUCGAUCUUGAUUGCGUCUAUGCAGCUUCCCGUCGAGGAUAUAACGGCCGUAAGCGCACAGCUACCCAAUCCUCUGGUCACCAUGCAGGAUCGGGGGCUCUUGUCCCUAUUGUUGGCGCCGUAGUCACGGUAGUCGGUCCUGCUCCGUCGGUGCCUGCGCUGGAAUGCCCUUCUGUCUUUGAUCCUACCAUGUUCUUUGGUAAUGUCACAAGUCACUCGAGCGUCGACACAAGCUUUCCAAUUACCGCGUUCUCUCAAACUAUUGCAUCCGCUACUCUACCUGGCUUUUCUUCUCAGACUCUAGUUGACGGCACUGGUAACAGAGUACCCCGAGCACUCCCUGUGAGAGAACGUUAUAUCGACUCGUUCUAUCUGAACUUCUAUGCCGCUCAUCCCUUUAUACCGCCAAAGGAGCUUCUUCUCACCUUAGCACCGCAGAUCUCCCUGGAGCCCCUGCUUGCAGCGAUACGUUGGAUUGGUUCUCUAUACAUCGAGCAAGACAGCUCUCGCAGCCUUUUUACAGAUGCAUCCCGCCUAAUAGACGGUGCACCUCUCAGAAACGGCUUCUUAGUUCAGGCGAUGUUGCUUGUUAUUAUCGGACUUGACGGCAACCGUCAAGAGAAAAAGGCCAAAAGGCUGAUGGCAGAUGCCCGGGAUAUCUCAAUUCAGAUUAAAUUAAAUUCUUGUCCCUUUGCAGCCACCAACGGACAGGGAAUUCCGAUACUUGAGGAAAGCUGGCGAAGAACAUGGUGGGAGCUUUAUGUUGUGGAUGCCCUUAUGUCGGGCGUGCAUCAAACCAACACCUUUGUACUGUAUGAUGUACCUACGGAUGUCGGUCUGCCUUGCGAAGAGCACCAAUAUCUUACGGGACAAAUCCCGCCCCCUAUCCGGCCAUAUGAUACGGAAACCCUGGGACUGUUUGAUGCCAGGCCGUAUUCGUCUUACACCUACCGGAUCCAAUGUGCCUGCAUCUUGGGUGCCCUUCAAAAAGCGCCAUCAGAGGUCGACCAUAUAGCUAGGCUCCUCGCUAACUGGAUGCUCCGCUUACCCCCUUCAAAAUAUGACGCUUACUGCAAUGGCGAGUUAGACGAGAUGAUGUUCCAGGCCAUGAUGAUGUGGCACGCCAUUUCUAUUCUCUUAUACCAGCCUCUCUCACAGCUGGAUUCAUCGUUGACUUACUAUAUCAAAGCUUCCAACACACCAGCUGCGUCUAGCGAUGCCUUCGAUUCGCACACCAAACAUACAAUUCGCGCUGCAAGGGAGCUUAGCAAGUUGAUCAGCUACCGCGGUCCUCUCCUCAAACAUACUCACUUCUUUGCUUACAUGGUGACACUCUCGUCUACAAUCCACCUAAGCAGAUGGUCAUUAGCCUUUGUAGCCCAAGAUGAUGAGGAUCUUCGUCAAAAUAUGGGCCAGAAUAUCGGGGCACUUGUCAAGUACGCCGAGAUAUGGCCUAUGGCGCAGCAUUUGGGGUUGCAAGUUAAAAGAAUGGCAAAGGAGGUAUACAUAAAAAAGAAGCGACAGGAACAACAGCCUUGA